AUGGCCCUUCCGGGUCCAUCAAGGCUCUUUCCCGCCACUGUUGAUCCUGGGCUCUCUGGCCCUUCAACAUCAAGCAACCUUCAGCAUCCAGUACCAGCCAGUCCCUGGCCGUAUUCCGUCCCACUGACCCCAGGAAGCCUCGCUUCAGCCACCGAAACCCUUUCGCUCAAGUCGGGUCCCGUCACACCGCUGGGCUGGGGAGUUGGUCCGUCAAACGUUGGGCAAGGGUUUGGUGCCGCAGAUUGCAACCUUCUUACGCCGCCCAUCCCCCAGUUUGGUCACCAUACCGUAUCCAAUCUGCAACCGCUUCUGGGGCCUGGCUAUUACAACCAGUUCAUGACUCCAGGAGUGUACAGUCCCGCGGCGCUCCCACAACCUUCGGUAUACAGAGACGGUGUCUUUCCUGACUUUCGAAACUCGUUUAAUCUUGGGGGUAAUUACGCACAGCCAAGUGCAGUCGUUGACAGCGCUUUCGUUCCCCCGAACUCGGCUAUCCAGCAGAGUCUUCCUCAAGUCUACGGGCCGGGUUACGCACACUCACUCAGAUUGCCGUUUUCAGCCUACCCUCUUGAUGAUGGCUUCUCGCACUAUGGUCAAGGGCCCUUCACGCCACAUGCCACAUAUGUUGGUGGCACCACGCAGUAUAUGAACUCCAAACCAGACGGCCGCUCUCGGGAAGGCAAUGGGGAGGCCUCGUCACCAGCUCACUUCAAGGAUCGGGCACUACAUUUAGCCCACAAGGCAUAUAAUGACCUAGUCUUGUAUCUGAAUCACCUACAUCAUGGCGAAGGCAUUAAGCCAGGAAGUCGGCACCGGAUUGCCUAUCCGAGACCGCCCAGGACGCUUGCUCUUUUGAGUCCCCAGUUCGCCGCCCCUUCCAUGCGUCCAGACGCACUCGGUAGCUAUCCCCAGCACUCGAACCAAAAUGACGCUACCUCGCGGCCCCUGAGUUAUACCUCCGGCCGCUCUAAUCUUCGCUCGCUCUAUCUUGAUAAUGUCAACGGCCAUCCAAAACCUGGCUCACAAGGGCAUUACUAUCAGGCCAAACUGCCUAAGCGUCAACAUGAGUUUAACUCACCUCCUGGCGCAGCCAAGACUACCUUGGAUGUGUUGUCAAACCUGUGCGAGCAGAGUGGGUGGAAGUGGGUGGAUGGUAUGUUGCUUGGCGGGUGCCUUCAUUACGCACUCGAGCGUUACGAUCAGGCACUCGAGUGGUUUAGACGGGUGCUGAGCAUUGAUGAAAGCCAUGUUGAAGCCAUUUCCCACAUGGCAGCAACACUUUACUCCAUGAAUAGACCUGAAGAAGCCGAGCACCAUUGGACGCAAGCCGUCAAGAAACGACCGAGCUAUUUGGAGGCGGUGGAGAGCUUGGUGAAUAUGCUAAUCUAUAGACACAAGAGCCCGGAGGCGGUCAAGGUGAUCGACUUCGUCCAACGCUCUUUGAGGAUGCCCAGUCGUGGUUUAGCACAUGAUCAAGCCAGCGAGACUGGGAGCGAAGCGGAUACAGCAUCGACAGCAACCGUCACAGACUCUAGCCCUGACCCAUUUCUGCAUGAUGGGGAUAAAACCGACAGUCCCGAGACGUUCUUUGCUGUCACUGCGGAGAAUAGCAGGCAACCAGGUUUUGGUUCCAGUGGCUAUGCGAUUCCUGGGAGCGAGAAUGGUCGGAUGAUUAGCAUUAUCCAUGCCAAAGGGAACAUCCUCUACUCUCUGAAGAACAUAGACGGCGCGUCCAAAGCAUUUGAGGAGGCUGUUCUGAUUAGUGCCGGACGACAAGUCAAGGGUCUCCGGUCACUUAUUCGCCUGAUACAGAGUGUCCUCAUUCCAGGCAGUGGUGGGAUGGUAUCGCUACAGAAUCCGACACGAAAGAAUCUAUCUGCGCCGCUACUGCUACCUCCUGAGAGAGCAAAGCACACUGCAAAGCUCGUUUUUGCGGCUAGCGGUGGUCAUCUCCCUGGGCUUCAAUACGUCGUAUCGAGUAGUCAGAGGAGAUCGGCCGUAUCAACGACAAGCAACGCUCUGCUUUCACUGGCCAAGAUCUUGCAAGAUGCCAUGUCCAAUGGCGGUUCUGGUGCAGGUGUCUCCCAGCAGUCACCCAGCGUUGGUGAUAUUCUGGCUCUUUACUACCUGUCUCUUUCUCUCCAGGAAAGUCCAUCCACAGCUAAUAACGUGGGUAUUCUUCUUGCGAGCGUCCAACUCACGGCGCCACAACAGGUGUCUGUCCCAGAUGCCUCUAUGGCGGCAACGAUCCCUGGCAUUGUGCCUGGAAGCGGGCUUGCUUUAGCUCUGGCUUACUAUCAGUACGGACUCACAUUGGAUCCGAAACAUGUGCAUCUUCAUACGAAUCUGGGCAGCCUUCUCAAGGAUAUCGGCCAACUCGAUCUAGCCAUCUCUAUGUACGAAAAGGCAGUGGCCUGUGAUGGCACCUUCGACAUUGCCUUGACGAACCUUGCAAAUGCGGUCAAGGACAGGGGUCGCACCAACGAUGCCAUCAUCUACUACAAGCGGGCCGUAACCUCCAACCCGGAUUUCGCUGAAGCCGUCUGUGGACUUUCUACAGCUCUCAACUCAGUGUGCGACUGGAGGGGGCGUGGGGGAGUUCUGCUUGCCAACGGCAGGUAUGAUCGAUAUCAUGUUAACGAAGAAGGAAUGUUUGAGGACGUCGUGAUGAUGCAGGGCAAGGGAAGCGGCCUCAUGCAGCGCGUGGUUGAUAUUGUUGCCCAGCAAUUGAGGGAAGCUUCUGCCUGGGGUUGCGGUGUCUUGCAAGAACAAUCCACUAUGCAGUUGAUGUGUUAUCUCAGGACUGCCAGAGCUGCUAUCGCCGAUGGUUCACUGGACCUGGAUGCGGAAUUGCGUAAGUGGUCUGGUCGAUCAUGGGAAGGCUCCCGGGUAUUACGGCUUAUUGAACGAGCUACAAGAGCUACCAUGCGGUCCUGGUAUCGGGACAGAUACAUUCACGGCACAGAGUCGGCUUCUGGAUACGCUCGGCCAAGGCUUCCCGUUACUCUCACGGUUCCAACCGCGCCCACAGUCCUACCAUUCCACACUUUUACAUGCCCUCUCACAGCCAAGGAUGUCCGCAUGAUCUCGCAGAGGAACGCACUUAGGAUCUCGUGUUCUACCCUCAGAUCAUCAUGGAUCCCCGCCGCAGUAUAUGAACCUCCGAGGCCACCAAGUCCACAGCUCAACAUAGGCUAUGUAUCUUCCGACUUCAACAACCAUCCUUUGGCACACUUGAUGCAAUCUGUCUUUGGAUUCCACGAUAAAACGCGGGUGAGGGCGUUCUGUUAUGCGACUACAGCCAGCGAUAAGUCGAUUCACCGCCAACAAAUUGAGCGCGAGGCACCAGUUUUCCGAGAUGUGAGCACCUGGUCAUCCGACAGGCUGGUGCAGCAGAUUGUUGCGGAUGGAAUUCAUAUCCUCAUAAAUCUCAACGGCUAUACUAGGGGAGCUCGCAAUGAGGUCUUCGCAGCACGGCCCGCGCCGAUUCAAAUGGCCUUCAUGGGAUUCGCAGGAACACUGGGGGCUGAGUGGUGCGAUUAUCUGCUCGCAGAUACAACUUCAGUGCCGCCAUCGACAUUGCGUCCACAUCGAAACAACCUAAGUAUAGAGGAUGUAUUCCGCGAUGAAGCUGAUGCCGAGGCCGAAGAUUGGGUAUACUCUGAGAAUCUGAUCUAUUGCAAGGACACAUUCUUCUGCUGCGAUCACAAACAGUCUGCCGAUGGCUCGGAUGAGAGAGGGAUGUCUUGGGAAGAAGAACAAAGGAGGCGAUGGAAUAUGCGCAAGAUGCUGUUCCCCAAUCUCCCAGACGACAGGAUCAUCCUCGGAAAUUUUAAUCAACUGUACAAGAUCGAUCCCACUACGUUCCGAUCCUGGCUUCGCAUCCUACAAGAUGUUCCGAAAGCCGUCUUGUGGCUUCUCCGGUUCCCCGAGCUCGGCGAAAAUAACCUCCGCCGAACCGCUAAGCAAUGGGCCGGUGAAGAGGUAGCCAGCCGCAUCAUCUUCACAGACGUGGCUCCCAAACAGCAACACAUCGCCCGCGCCCGCGUGUGUGACCUCUUCCUCGACACUCCCGAGUGCAACGCGCAUACGACCGCCGCUGAUGUCUUGUGGUCAAGCACGCCCCUCCUGACCCUGCCGCGGUACGAGUACAAGAUGUGCUCACGCAUGGCAGCGUCCAUCCUCAAGGGAGCUCUUCCGAAGAGUGAAGCGGGAAGACGGGCGGCAGAGGACCUGAUUGCCGAUGAUGAUUAUGAAUAUGAGAACAAGGCUAUUGAGCUUGCGAAUGGGUUGACUUAUGAGUUGGUUGUGGAUGGCUUUCCUAUGUCUGGGAAUAACGGUGCUGGCGGCGGUCACGGUGGUUACAAGGCUGGUUACUAUGGUAAACCGGUCGGAAGGCUUGCCGAGUUGAGAAAACUGCUGUGGGAGAGCAAAUGGACCUGUGCGUUGUUUGAUACGCGGAGAUGGGUUAGAGAUCUGGAAAACGCAUAUGCUAUGGCGUGGCAGAGAUGGGUUGAUGGCGUUGGAGGGGAUAUUUAUCUUUGA